AUGCUCGCGCAAAAUCUCUCAAUUACGACACCCUUUGUCUCUGCCGGAGUCUUCCUCCAACCACCCAAAUAUGCGAUCGCCGAUCUCGCACCGGCGGAGAAGACUGCUGGACAGACUGGUCUAAUUCAAUCGUAUGCGGAUCACGCAUACCCUCAGUCUGCAUGCGGAAGUUCCACGACCAAUCUCCAAUCCCUUCAGAGCCAUGCGAAUAUCGUCAACUUCGUGAAAGGAUUCGCGCCCGAGAUCGCUGCUGCCAGAGCGCAGGGCAUAGAUCAUGUCUUUGGAGAAACAAACAGUGCAACUUGUGGAGGUGGAGGAAUUUCCCCAACUUUCGGGGCAGCUCUCUGGAUCGUCGACUAUGUGUUGCAAUCGGUCAGGGCGGGCAGCAAGCGACUCUACUUCCACCAAGGCACAAUCGGGAACUGCCAAUACUGCUGGUGGGGCAGAUACAGCAUGGGUAACCCGUACUACGGUGCCGUACUUGCUACCCGAGCGUUAGCUGGCAUCAGUCAAGUCACGCAGCUAGACGAUGGCACCUCAGAUUACGCGGCCUACGGUCUCUACGCUGGGACUACGCUGGCGAGAGUGCUUCUCAUCAACACUCAGUACUACACGUCUGGAACUAGGCCUACCCAGGCUUUCACUUUGACCAAUUUGCCUGGUUCUACGGGUAGCGGUAUCAGACUUACUGCGGCAUCAUCGACUGCUCGUGCCGAUCAGGGAAGCCCGGCUACGGUCGGACGAGUAAGCUAUCAAGACGGCACGUGCGCCGCAUCAGGCAGUUUCCAGACGGAAGCUACGGCGAUCAGCGGGGGUUCCGCUACCUUUACGGUGGCAGCUUCAGAGGCUCUGCUCGUCGAGAUCUCGUGA